AUGAGGAACCACACAAUGAUCACAGAAUUUGUACUCUUGGGCAUAUCAGACCGCCCAGAGCUUCAGGUUGUAAUUUUUAUAUUUUUAUUUAUAACUUAUAUAUUAAGUGUUGCUGGAAACCUAACCAUCAUCAUCCUCACCCUAACAGACUCUCAUCUAAAGACUCCUAUGUAUUACUUCCUCCGGAAUUUCUCCUUCUUAGAAAUUACAUUCACCAGUGUUUCCAUACCCAGAUUUUUGGUGACACUCAUUACUAAAGUCAAGACCAUUUCCUAUAACAACUGUUUAGCUCAACUAUUUUUCUUUAUCUUCAUGGGUGUGUCUGAAUUUUUUCUUCUGACUGCCAUGUCUUAUGACCGCUAUGUUGCCAUCUGCAAGCCCCUUCAUUACACCACCAUCAUGAACAAGAAAAUUUGCACCCUGCUUGUCCUUAGUUCAUGGCUGGGAGGAUUUCUGACCAUUUUCCCACCACUCAUGCUUAUCCUCAAGCUGGAUUUUUGUGCUUCCAAUGUCAUUGAUCACUUCUCUUGUGACUAUUUCCCCAUUUUACAACUCUCAUGCUCAGACACAUGGCUUUUAGAGAUGAUUGGUUUUUACUUUGCUUUUGUUACGCUACUGUUCACAUUAGCAUUAGUGAUUCUGUCCUACAUAUGCAUCAUCUGCACCAUUCUGAGAAUCCCAUCUGCCAGUCAAAGGAAAAAGGCUUUCUCCACUUGCUCCUCUCACAUGAUUGUCAUCUCCAUCUCUUAUGGAAGCUGCAUAUUCAUGUAUGUCAAGCCUUCAGCAAAAGAAAGAGCAUCAUUGACCAAAGGUGUAGCUAUUCUCAACACUUCAAUAGCCCCCAUGUUGAACCCUUUUAUUUACACCCUGAGAAACCAGCAAGUAAAAGAAGCUUUCAAAAUCUUGGUUCAUAAAAUAGUGUUUCAUAGAAACAAAUGA